CUUUCAGCGCAGUGAUGCAUCCUCUGGUGCUUCUGCCGAGCCUCCUCAGCUGUGCGUGAACCAGAACUAACCACCAUGAGCUCCGACACGGUCUGCAGGGCAGAGCCGGACUCGGGGGACAACGGCGAGCUGGCAGACUUGGUGGCAGCCAUGAACGUGGCCGCAAACCGCAUGACCCCUCCUAAUGGCUACAGGUCCGUUACUCCGAGGACCACAAACUCUCACAGGAAGAUGUCGCUGCAGGAGAGGGGGAGCCGCAUUUCCCGACAGCCCACCAUCGAAACCAAACGUGUGUCCAUUACAGGCGCCGAUGACUGUGUCCAGCUCAACCAGUAUAAAUUGAAUAAAGAGAUUGGAAAGGGUUCUUAUGGAGUGGUAAAACUAGCUUAUAAUGAAGAUUCUGAACAGUACUAUGCAAUGAAAGUUGUUUCCAAGAAGAGGCUGAUGAGGCUGUGUGGAUUCCCGCGCCGCCUGCCUCCUCAAGGGUCAAACUCACAGCAGGAUGCGUUCCCUAAAGCCAUGUUGCCUCUGGAGAGAGUGUACAAGGAGAUUGCCAUCCUGAAGAAGCUGGACCAUCCAAAUGUUGUUAAACUGGUGGAGGUGCUUGAUGAUCCUGCUGAAGAUGGCCUUCAUAUGGCCUUCGAAUUGAUGGAAAAAGGUCCGGUGAUGGAGGUGCCUACAGACGACCCUCUCACAGAGGAGCAGGCUCGCUUUUACUUCAGAGACGUCGUCCUGGGGAUAGAGUACUUGCACUACCACAAGAUCAUCCACAGGGACAUCAAACCCUCCAACCUGCUACUUGGGGAGGACGGUCACGUCAAGAUCGCAGACUUUGGUGUGAGCAACGAGUUCGAGGGGACAGACGCCCUCCUGUCGAGCACGGCGGGGACGCCGGCCUUCAUGGCCCCCGAAAUGAUGACUGAACAUGAGCAGAGCUUCAGCGGAAAGGCGUUAGACGUGUGGGCGAUGGGAGUCACACUGUACUGUUUUGUCUUUGGGAAGUGCCCUUUUUAUGACGACUACAUCGUCUCUCUGCACAGCAAGAUCAAGAGCAAACCUGUGGAGUUUCCAGAGACGCCACUGAUAAGCAAUGAACUGAAGGAGCUUAUUGAAAGUAUGCUGGAUAAAAACCCUGAAACAAGAAUCACCGUCCCUGAAAUGAAGCUCCAUCCGUGGGUGACAGAGAACGGCUCUAAUCCUCUUCCUCUGGAGGAGGAGCACUGCACGGCAGUCGAGGUCACUGAGGAGGAGGUGCAGAACAGCGUCAAACUCAUCCCCAGCCUUUCCACUGUGAUUCUGGUGAAGUCUAUGCUGAGGAAGCGGUCUUUCAGUAAUCCCUUUGAGUGUCAGGGCCGACGGGCGGAGAGGUCCAUGUCUGCCCCUGGAGGUCUUCUUACUGGUUGUUGGGGCUCAUUGGGGUCAACACCUCAGCCUCAUCCUUCCUUGAGGAAAGUCAGCAACGAGGGGAGCAGAGAUGGAGAAUUGGAGGACUUGUAUGAAGACGAUACAUUUACCGAGAGUACAGAUUAAAUUGACACCUGCAUAAAGAUUAAAAACAAAGAGCGUGAAGAAAUUUUUUUUUCUACCUUUUGUUUGUCUCUUUCCUAUUUCUCUCCUAAUUUUUGCUUUUGCUUCCUGCUUGCAGGCUUACAUGCUUAAAAAUGUUUCUCACUCAAGUCCAUAACACUGAUAAUUCUCUGAUAUAUUGAAUAUUAUAAACUUAUGGAUAGUGCAUUAAAUACUUGAUUGUUUUCUGUUUUGUUCAUGUUUAAAUUACAGAUGACAUGACUAAUGACUAAUACUUCGUUCAUGAAUGUAACUUUGGAUUGUUGUAAAUGUAAAUAUGCUCCAUGAAGAAGAUAUUUUUACAUUUUCCUACAGCUGUUGAAGAUAAUAAA